AUGGCCUUUAUUCUCGUCUCCGAGACCUCCCCACGCAGCCUGCGCAGCCACGUCAUGCAGGGCAAAAACCGCGCACGACCGCGUCCAGAUCGACGAAGGCGCCUCGAGAUCUCCAUCGAAGCCUUGAAAACGGCGUAUAAUACGAUUCCCCCGCGUCUGGGCUCGGAGCUGUCGUGUACUGAGCUUGCGGCGGUGGAUCCGCGCCUGUUCGGGCGAUUGAUGGAGUUUACCAGUCUUUCCGUCAGGGUUCUCUUCCCUCUGGCGGUUUUGACCGACUUCCCUGUCCAUGAAGCAACAUGGCUCGAUUACCUACGCCAGGACACGGCCCUCCUCCAUCUCAUGCUCUUUGCAGCGGACGUCUUCAUCGAAACGGCGGUGGAAAAGACUUGCGUGAUGAGUAACCGGGCGAGACGGCAUUUCAUCAGCGGGGUGAGCCUUGUGCGACAGCAGUUGAAGAACCAGGAAGUCUCGGAUCUGAUGGUGCGCAAGGUUCUAAUCCUGGCCUUGUGUGCGCAUCUCAUGGGGGACGUGGCUACCGCGCAGCAUCACCUACGUGGAUUACACUGCAUCAUAGACCUGAGGGGGGGGAUUUCUUCUUUUCAACGGCAGAAACUGUUUUUCGAGACCGUCAGAUCGGAUAUUGCGCUUGCGGUACAAUAUAACUGCGAACCGAUGUUCUCAGAAGCUCUGGAACUGUAUCCCUCUGACGAGACAAAUAUUACAGAGCCCAUCUACGGACUGGAUCAGCAGCUACACAUCGUCUGGAGCAGCAUGCACCACUUUUGCGCGAUCGCCAAUCUCGCCGGCGAGAACAAGACGCGCAUCUCGCCCGUUCUCCUUCAAGAGACGAUGACGAGCGUCAUGUACCGUCUGUUGAAAAUGAGGUUUGCCGCAGACUCGCGCGACGAAGCCGUCCGUCUCGCCCUGUUGAGUUUCACCAGCCAUGUCUUCCUCCAGGGGCAGGAUAGUCUAUUCCCCCCCCUGAUCGCACCGAAGAGGUUCCCCUGUCUGAAGGACAUCCAGCCCGAUCUCCGACUGUGGUUGCUUUUCAUUGAAGGGUUUGCAGGGAGCGAGAGGAGGACAUGUCUACAAGCCACGCUGGGGGAGUGUGGGCUCUCUACGUGGCGGGAGACGCGCGAGGUUCUUAAACGGUUUCUAUGGAUCGAUAUCUUGUAUGAACGGAGGGGGAAAUUGAUUUUCAGCACUAAGUAG